GCAUGGUCCGCCUUGGUAAGUGAUAGCCAUGCCUACAACUAAAAGCGAGCUCCACCAUUAUUAUGAAGUAGUUAAUGGAACGAUUACGGCUACACAUCAAUUAAAGGUGUUGAAGGUUCCAUUAAUAUUGAUUCCAGGUUCUAACCAACCAAUCCGUUCACAAACAAAUACACAUGGACAAGAAUCCCUAUAAAUACCUUUGACAACGAUUCUUGCACCAAAUACAUUCUCAAUCUCAUAUAAGUUUCCUACGCCUUUAGUGCUUGUAAACUUGAAAAAUGGCGAGGAUGAUAACGAUGGUCUUAUGUGUAGUGGCGACUUGCAUGGUGGUGGCGGCACCCUAUGCAGAGGCUGAUAUUUCCUGUCGUCAGGUGAUAAAGAUCUUAUCUCCAUGCAUUGACUACCUAACAGAAGGUGGUGGUGUGUCAACGGUAUGUUGCAAUGGAGUUAGGGUACUCAAUAACACUGCAAAUACAACCUGUGAUCGUCAGAUGGCUUGUCGCUGUUUAAAGAGUGCUUCUGCGGAAAAUUCCGGAAUCAAUCCUAUCAAUGCUGCAAGCCUCCCCCACAAGUGUCAUGUCAACAUCCCUUACAAGAUCAGUCCUAGCACUAAUUGCACCGAGGUGCAGUAGUUAGCUCGAGAUGUUAAUGCAUGUUCUGAAGAAUAAAAGCAUAUAUAUAUAUAUAUAUAU